UUCACGAACCUCGUGUCAUGUCCUAGCAACCGUAGUAAUCACUACUCUUCUUCUGGAGAAAACGACCAUUUAACACCUUCGUGUACUGCCUGGCUCACGCUCCUCCGCGUUUCGACCAAGAUGUUUCAAGUGACAAAGCCGCCCAAACGACAGUGUCUCCAAGACAAGGUGACUUAAGCCGUCCCAAGCAUUCUGAGCCACUUCACAAUCUUGAAAGCAGCACACUUCCUCGUUCAUUGUUCUUUUGUCUCCGGCUAUCUUUCUCCUUGUCUGGAGCUCGAUCCUAUUUUUAGCGCUCUUAUACCCUUUGCAAAACUUAAAGGUUCAAGGAUACCAGAAUGCCACUUUUUCUGCACGGUUUCCCUUUCCUACCUCACGAUUCUCAUUCCAUUUCAAUCUUGGCCAUUUCAAAAUGAACUCUCAGCAAAUCAGCACCGCCCAGCCUUCCACGGUCUCAACCGCGCCCUCCUCAACCGUCGCAGCAUGCUCUGCUGCCACAAAGACAACCGAGGAGAAGAGAACCCGCUUCACCCGCGCUGAGCGACGCGCCUUUGCCAAAGAGAGGAAGGCCGAGGCCUCGCAUAAUCCAGCUCAUGGAGGGAAGAAGGGCGGAAAGCUCCCUCACAAGUGUGCCCACAACCAUCGGGACCCCAAGCUCAAUUCCCAGGCCUCCACCCAGGCUGUCGACGACAUGAUUGCCUACCUUAUCAGCAUCCGCGGCAAGGAGGGCAAUCGUAAUGUUCAGGAAAUGCUCAAGGGUGCGCACAAGAAGGGUCUUGAGAAUCGCAUUACACGCGGUGCUCCUGGAGCUACAUCCGCGCCCCAGAAGAAGAAGAAGGAAAUCUCCCCCGAAAAACUGGCAAAGAUCCAGAAGCGUAAAGAGUUGCGCGCUGAGAAGAGGAAGGCUUUUCGUGAGGCUCGCCAUGAUGCGAACAAGCAGGAGCAGAAGCCCGAAGACCAGAAGUCUGAGGAGAAGGUCUCGGAGGGGCAAAAGUCCGAGGAACAACCUCAGAAGCAGCAGCAGGAGACUAAGCAACUCAACGGCACCGUCGAGAAUAAAGCGUCCGAGGAGCCCUCAAAGCCAGCUGAGAUGAAGCCGGGUGAAGAGCCUUUGAAGGACCAGCAUGAGAAGACGGAGGCGGAGGAUGACCCAUACGCCAACUUUGACGAAAUUGACUUGGACGACUCUGACUAGAUUCCCAGUUUCAACAUUUUCAGGUAGGUCCUUUCUAACGCUGCCAUAUCCCCCGUUUCCAGAAU